CCAGCCAGUGCGUUUGUCUUACCGAGUCCUUCGCUGCCUCACUCGGCCUGUGUUCAUCGCAGGGGACUGACGACGUUCAGGCGAGCCUCGAGCACUGCAGAUCUGGCCGACUUCCCUGGCUUGAACGUUUUCUUCCACGGCAGAGGCUUGGUGGAUAGAAUGACUGAGCUAAUAGUGAGGAUUUGUUUGCUCAUUGCUGUCGCCCUGAAUUACGUAGCCGGCAAUUAUUUGACGAAAUGCCCCGGUCUCGCUGGACCAGGUUGUUUCUUCAAUGGUACAAUGUACAAUGACGGUGCCUACCUAAUGUAUGACUGCAUUGGCCUCCGCUGUGAAGGUAGCAACUGGGUGCCUACAGGCAACACUAACCCUCUGUGUGGGAAAUGUAAGGUGUACCUGGAUCCUCACAUUGAGACCUCGGAUGGUUACUACUACAACGGCGUGCAAAGCGCAUGCAACUAUUCUCUCGUUCAAGAAGGAACCAGUUAUCACCCAGACGUUGCUGUCUUUGCCAAAUUCAGAGAGUGCAAUGGAGUAGCCUCCUGUGUGGGUUCUACCUUCUUCCGGGACGGCCCUGAAGUCAUCGUGGAAAUAGGAAGAAAUGGGUUACAAGUUCCUGAUAUAUACAAGGUUUACCUGGACGACAAUCCGUACACGAUCCCAGAGGGCACGGUGGGCAGAGUGCUCUGGAGCUCCGUCCUAGCGUGGCGCUUCGGGGAUUCGUGCAUUCGUCUUGUGGGCACGAGCGGAGUAGCGAUGGAGGUGUGCGCGUACCACCUGUGCAUGUGGUCCCAUCCACACUUUGCACCUUAUUACGGUCUCUGCGGUUUCUUUGACGGCACAUACAACAUGACGGAUGACUUUAUGGGCCGCAUGAACGAAACGUUUUUGCUGACCCCGUAUUUCGUACCUUCAUUUUCUGUUAUUUGGUUGACCGCCGAGCAAGAGAACAAGAAGUGCCCCAGUGUUGCGGCGAGGGAGGCGCCAACUCUGUGCAAGCAGACCGAUGCCAAAAAGGCCGAGUAUGAGGAGAUGUGCAAGAGUGCAAUAUUUGGACUCGAAUUGCAUGGUGCCAACAUCUCCCUCGCACAAGGCUCGGUUCUCACAGAGGCGUGCGCUUUCGACCUCUGCUUGGUGAGCCAAAGCACGGAGGACAACCCGGUGGAGGUCUCUGCGUGGCUGGACGGGCCUGUCACAGACUACGCGCUCAGACUCAUUGAAGGCGAAGUCGCUGAGAAGGGUUGUGAAUACGGUUCACAGAAUUAUCCAGAGGGAUAUAGAAAGGAACGUGAUUGUUAUUUCUAUCGUUGUAAGCUUGGCAAAUGGAUCAAGACGAAUCAGAAAGUUCCGUCAUGUUGCAUGCACGAGGGACAUCAUUACGAACACAAUGAGAAGAUCUACAGAGGAUGCAAGGCUUUCAUCUGUCUUUGUGGCACUUGGGAACAAACGGCCGAGGUUAAUCCAAAUUGCUGUAUGCAUGAAGGGCAGCUGUAUCAUGAAGGUGAAGUAGUCAGUAUUAACUGCUACAUGAAAAUCUGCAGAGAAGGGUCCUGGGUCUUCACGGGACACAAAGACCCGAACUGCCCACCGUCGGAAUCAACACAAGAGAGUGAGGCAUGUGACGAGGGCAGGGGAGGAAGGCUCAUCGUGCAGGUGGCACAAGAAGUAAAUCGUCCUUGAAAUUCAUAGUGUUAACCAGGCUCUGCAGCUGUUUUUCCCGGCUUGGUUUCCAAGGGUUUCAUUGUUUUCUUCUUCAAAACUUCAAAACAAAACUGCUUUUUGAUGUCCGAAAUAAUUUUGCAUUCCACGUUGCAUUCAGUAUUCCCUCGCCAACCGUUCUUGAAAAAGAAUAAUGCAGUGUGACAGUGAUAUGAGAAACCCCCAGUCAAAGAUAAGAGGACACACUUCCACACUGAUAAAAGAGAAACUCUGGAAGUUGAUAAGGACUUGUGAGAAUUAGCCACUCAGAUCCUGGCCUAAGUUCCCAUUUCCCAACACUACAACACCAUGACACCAUGACAGGACGACAGGAAAUACUAUAACGAUAGCGAUAAAAGCCUGGAGUGGUAAGACAACCGUACGGCAAUAAUAAGUAUAAGGUUUCUCUCAAUGGCGAGAGAAAUCUUUCAGUACAAGAAUGAAAAAAUUGUAGAGUAUGAAUGAGAAAAAACACCAAACCACAAAUAAGAGAAAAAUGCAAUAUUAAAGAGAAAUGCUGCAACAUAGCAAUGAAAAAAUAGCUAUAGUACUAAUAACAGAAACUCUACAGUCUUGAAGAGAAGAGUUGCAACAUUCAUAAGGGAAUCGCCGCAACACUGAUAAGGGAGACGAUGCAACACUGACAGGGGAAUCCGUACGACAAGUAUAACAUUGGCAAGAGAAACGCAAAUCCUUGUAAGACAAAAAGUACAUUUACCAGAAAAACACUAGAACACUGAUUACAGAAGCACUGCACUAUUAAUCAGAGAAGUAAUAUGUUACUGAAAAGAAUAAUAACUAUACAGUGUUGAAAAAACUAUACACUGAUGACAGAAGCAAUGCAACAGUACAACACUGCAUGGCUAUAUUUUAUUUCAAUUUUGCUUUCUUUUUAGUUUCACAGAUGAAUAGCUUUCAGACUGAAAGAACAUUAAUUUGAAAGAAAAGAAAAAAAAUCCUCUCAUAGGUUAGGUAGGUCAAGUUGACGUGGAAUUCUGUAAGUCCAAAAUAAAGUAAAAAAAAAAAAAAAAAAUGUGUAGUAUGUUUGGAUAUUGGAAAUGAUUAUAAAUUGGAAUUCUA